AUGGAUGAGAGGAUGGUAGAGGCUGCCCAAACAGGAGAUAUUAACCUCUUGUAUGAGUUGAUUCUGAAUGAUCCAUAUGUUUUAGAUCGUAUUGAUCCUGUGCCUUUUUCUCAUACUCCAUUGCAUGUAGCAGCUUCUGCUGGGCAUAUUGAGUUUAUGAUGGAGAUGAUUAAAUUAAAGCCAACGUUUGCAAGAAAGCUAAACCAUGGUGGGUUUAGCCCCAUGCACUUGGCUCUGCAAAGUGACAGAACUCAAGCAGUGCUUCGACUCCUCAGGUUUGAUGAAGGCCUUUUUCGUGUCAAAGGGAGGGAGGACCUCACUCCUCUGCACCAUGUGGUUUGUCCUAAGGCUAUUGCAAAUGUGACUGUUCGAGAUGAGAUGGUAUUCCAUCUUGAUAUGAAAAACGACAUGUUUGAAGCUUUCCAAGUCUUGGUGGGGUGGCUUAUAAGAAGCCGCCAUGAGUCUGCCCAACGUUGGGAGGAAGAACUAUCGAGUUGGGCAGAUUUUGAUGGCAACACUGUGCUACACAUUGCAGCUAUCAGAAACAGACCUCGGAUGGUGGAAGUAUUGCUGGGACACUUGCGUCGAGACCAAAUCAAUGCCAAAAAUUUGGAGGGAUUGACAGCACUAGAUUUCCAAUCACAAUACCCAUGGAAUGAAAGGCAAGCGGAUAGGAUUAUAGAUAUACUAAGCAAAGCAGGAGGUUUGAAUGGUUUGUCUUCCUCGCUUCCCAAGACCUACAUCUCUUCAUCCCACAUUGAAUUAUUAAAGGAAAAGAUGUUAUGGGGCCGUGGCAGAGGGCGUAAAGGGGCUCAAGCGGGGUCCUCAUCAUCUGGAAAUCUGCCUAACUUGGAUACUAGUGAGACACCGGAAUCACCUGUGGCAGAGACUAAGUCUCGAGAUCGUGCAGUUGUAGACAACGCAUUGUCCCAGGCCAUGCUAUAG